GGCCUGACUUCAGCCAUGCCCUGGAAGCCAAGGCCAGGCUGGUGGCUGAGUAUCCCCUGCUCCUGGCCCUCUCUUCCUCCGGCCAUGGGUAAAGGGAGGGGUCGGCCCGGUGGUCACGGGCAAAGUGGCCUCGGUGGGGCAGCAUGGAGCAGUAUGAGCCCAUCUUCAGCAUCGGCCAGGGCUCCAGCGCUGAGGUCUUCCUGAUGAGGAAUGCCAGCACGAAGCAGCUCUUUGCCGUCAAGAAAGUCAAGACGGUACCUGGGAAGCGGCUGCGCAGUAAGGAGGCCAUCCUGCGGGAAGUGGCCAUCCUGCGGCAGCUGCAGCACCCCCACGUGGUGGCCUGCCACGGCCAUUUCCUGGACACCGAGGAGGCGCAUGUUUUCAUCGUGCAGGAGUAUUGCGACGGGGGGUCCCUCGACCAGCAUAUCCAGAAAGGGGGGCCCUUCACGGAAAGCGUCAUCAUGCGGUGGUUCGUGCAGCUGGCCCUGGCGGUGCAGUACAUCCACGCUUUGAGGAUCUUGCACAGGGACAUCAAAGCCUCCAAUGUCUUCCUCACCCAGACCUGCGUUCUCAAGCUGGGGGAUUUUGGCAUCUCCAAGGUGAUGGACGGCACCCUGGAACUAGCCAGCACCUUUGUGGGCACGCCCUAUUACCUCAGCCCCGAGCUCUGCAGGGACCUGCCCUACAGUUCCAAGGCGGACAUCUGGGCCCUGGGCUGUGUCCUCUUCGAGAUGUGUGCCCUGCAGCCGCCCUUCCAGGCCUUCAGCAUGAUCAGCCUGUUCCAUAAGAUCGUGAACUCCAGCCCCAGCCCUGUCCCAGCCAGCUACCCAGCCCCCCUGCACAGCCUCAUCCAGAGCAUCCUGCAGAAGGACCCUGAAAUCCGGCCCAGUGCCAGCACCAUCCUCACCUUCCCCUACGUCCAGCAGCACCUCAGCCUUUACUUCCUCCACCGGGAGCCUCGGCUACCCUGCAAGCUGCAGCCAGAAGCCCCUCCCAAAGGAGAGGGGGCUAAGCCCAGUCCGCCCAAGGCUGGCACAGAGGGCGCUCUGGGCUCCCCGAGCUGUGCAGCCGAGGCACCCGGCUCUGCCUGGCUCCCCUCUCUUCAGCACGGCUGGAACCUCGCAGACAGCCUGAGUGUCUGCAGCAGCGCUUCACAAUACUCAGCAGACUUUGAAGAAACAAGCACUUCUUCCAUUGGCAGCAGCUCAGAUGCAGAUCUCCCCGUCAACACCGAAGCAACUGAAACCUGUAAGCCCAUUUCGUCAGACACAAAGGCUCCUGAAGGCUUCUGCCUUAUAAGUGUUCUGAAAGGCUGUUCCCAGAUUCCUUUGCCACCCUAUACUAGCAUGGCUCAUCUGCCUUUUUUGCAGUAAAGCGAGACCGGGUGCCCUCCGUUGCUAAGCUCAUUAAAACAGUGAAUCUGAAAUGCCAUCGUGCGUGGGAGAACUUAUAAAACCUACAGUGAAUCUGGCAGUUUAAUGCAGUCUGGAGUAAACUGUGAGGCUAGAAAAUCCCUCUACCCCAACAGCCCUAGUCAGCUUGUCAAUAACGUUGGGAGACCGAAGGCUGUUGUUUGGCGUCCUUGAGAAGGCGUUGCCUGCAGAUGAUACAAGUCGCCUUCUCACCU